CUCAGCCUCUAUCCUUCACUGAGAGGGAGCCCAGGUGAUGGCAGCCAUGCCCCUGAACGCCUGGCACCAGUCAUCCCUAAUAGGACCCCUCCCUCAUACUGUACCCAGGCCGAGUCAGAGAAUUGGCUCUGGGGCAGCAGGAACUUCUUGUUGUAGGAGUUGGUGACCUUUGAGGACGUGGCUAUCUACUUCACUGGGACAGAAUGGACUGGUCUUUCUCCUGGACAGAAGGCCCUGUACAGAAGUGUGAUGCUGGAGAAUUAUGGGAACUUGACAUCCCUGGGAUAUCAAGUUCCCAGACCUGCCCUGAUCUCGCUUCUGGAGGCAGGGAAUUUGCCAUGGGGCCUGGAGGCACAGGAUAACCUAUCUGCAGAGAGGACCAAAGACAUCUGUGAAGAUACUGAGACCAACAUUAACAGUGAGUCCACAUCAACACAGGGAAUUUCUGAAGAAAGAGAUGUCAUGUUGUUACAUGGUUUGCAGAGGAGUGUUCUUCAGGGAAGCAACUUGCUAGAAACCAGCGAACUGGAGAAACACCAGGAAAUCUCCACAGUAAAAAAUAUUAAAGGAAAGGCUCCAAGAAUCCACUGUGCAAGGAAACCCUUCAUAUGUGAGGAGUGUGGGAAAUGCUUCAGUUAUUUUUCUUACUUUGUUAGACACCAGAGAAUUCACACUGGGGAGAAACCCUUUGAGUGUAAUGAGUGUGGAAAAGCCUUUAAUGGCAAUUCUUCAUUAAUCCGGCACCAGAGAAUCCACACUGGAGAGAAACCUUAUCAGUGUGAAGAAUGUGGAAGAGCCUUUAAUGAUAAUGCAAAUCUGAUCAGGCAUCAGAGAAUCCACAGUGGAGACAGACCCUAUCUCUGUGGAGAGUGUGGAAAUAGUUUUACCAGUAGUUCUGAGUUUGUUAUACAUCAGAGAAUCCACACUGGGGAGAAACCUUAUGAGUGUAAUGAGUGUGGAAAAGCUUUUGUUGGUAAUUCACCACUGCUUCGACAUCAAAAAAUCCACACUGGAGAGAAACCCUAUGAAUGUAAUGAAUGUGGCAAAAGCUUUGGAAGGACUUCUCAUCUUAGCCAACAUCAACGUAUUCACACAGGGGAAAAGCCUUAUUCUUGUAAAAUAUGUGGGCAGGCCUUUAAUUUUCAUACGAAACUAACUCGGCACCAGAGAGUCCACAGUGUAGAGAAACGCUUUGACUGUGUAGAUUGUGGAAAAGGCUUUAGUGCUCAGGAACAAUUAAAAAGGCAUCUAAGGAUCCAUAUUCAGGAGUCUUCCUCUUUAUGUGCUGAGUGUGGAAAAGUCUUCACUAGCAAAAGAAAUCUUCUUCAGCAUCAAAGAAUCCAUACUGGCCAGAAACCCUAUGAGUGUGUCAAGUAUGAAAAAACCUUUAGGACUUCUUCCAAGCUAGGUCAUCAUGAACAUGUCUACCCCGGAGAGAAACCUGUCCUGGACAUUUGUCAUUUUGGCCUCCCAGAAUUUUUCACCCCCUUUUACUGGUAAUAGUACACUAAAUUUCCUUUUGGAUUUCAUCUUCCACUCUAGUGGGAUGUGUGACACAGGCCUGGCCACAGAUUCCUUCCCCUAAGCUAUAGUUAUUGGUUCAGAUGUCAGUAGUUCACCCACAAUGGUCCAAUUAGAGCCCCAGGACUUGGUAAGAAUUAAUAGGAAGACAUGCUCUUCUUUUUUUCCUUAGUCUUACAGCGGAGAGGAAGUCUUAGAUUCUUGUGGAGACAGAAUAAAGUUAACAGAGUCAAAGAGGAAUCAGAGUUGAAGAGCAAUCACCCUGGAAUCUUCUGUUUGAACAACUGUGUUAAAUCAUAUCUGAAGCCAGAAAUACAUCUGGGUUUUUUGAUUCCAGUAACCAAUACAUUUAGCUUUGUUUUUGUUCUGUUGUGUUUCUUUGUUGUUGUUCAAGCAAGUUUAGGGUAGGUUUUCUUUCCUUGCAACAGAGCCUUACCAGCAUAACAAAAAUCUUGAGGGAUAACAAAUCUUAAGGAGAAGUGUUUUGUGUUUCAGCAGUUCCUGUGAUUGUAACAAGAAUGGAAAACCCGUUGUAAUUCAAGAGCACGGGCUAUAUCAGGACACCAAUAUAUAGAAGUUCUAGCUAUUUGAGGGGCACCUGAGUGGCUCAAUUGGUUGUGUGUCUGACUCUUGAUUUCAGCUCAGGUCAUGAUCUCACAGUUCGUGAGAUCAAGUCCCAGGUCAGGUUCUGUGCUGACAGCAUGGAGCCUGCUUGGAAUUCUCUCUCUCCCUCUCUGUCCCUCCCCUGCUUUGCUUCUCAAAAUAAAUAAAAACUUAAAGUUUUUUUUAGUUAUUUAAGCUCUGUGACAAGUUUCAGUGUUACUACAAAAUUAUGUCUGCAUCAAUGAAUCCAUUCUCAAGAUAAAUCUUAACUAUAAAGCCAAAAGCUUCCACUCUUAAAGCUUUCAUUUUGUUUGCUCAGUUUUUAUUUGGAAUGGACGCUAUUCUAGGGAUUAAACUGGUAAAUGCCAGGCUAUUGUAUCUUUAAUAGUGUGGCAUUUACCAAUUUGUCUAGAAGAGCAUGCCCACCUUGAUCUGGUUAGUGUGCCAAGGAAAAGCUCUGGUUCUCAUAUGAAGGGGUGCUGAGGUGUCUCAGUAAGAAAACAAAGAGCUGGCCCUUUAGAUGAUGUAGUCUGCACCCUCUUUUGUCUAGUGCCCUUUUGCUGCCAACCAUCAUGGCAGUCACCCUGCCAUAUUCCAGACUACCUGUUCCCUGAAAUCCAGCACCUGGUGGCUUCACCAUCUCUUCCUUAUUUGCCGGCAGUUUAACGAGCAGUUGUAUCAUGUCCUUGCACUGACCAAUGGGUAAUAGGCUGGGGGAUCGCUUAACUUAAAAAAUCAGGUAUAAUAUACAUACAGGAAAAUGCACAAAUCAUAGUUGUACAACUUAAAAUGUUAUAAAGAACAUAGCCUUAUAAUCAGGAAAGUACAUACCAGGGCCUGAUGUCUCCUUGCACCCCAUUCUAGUCAUUACUUCUCUCUCAUAGUAACCUCUUUUCUGAUUUCUACCAUCACAAUUUUUUACGUGAAUGGAGUCAUCAGUAUAGAUCCGUUCUCAAUGCUGCAUGGUUUUCUGUUACUUGAAUAUACCACGAUUAUUGCCUACUGUUGCUAGGCAUUUCAGUUAUUUCUAGGGGGAUCAUUUUGAGAGCAGAUAAUUUAAAAGUCACUCAGAAUAAAACUGGUGAAAGUAAACAGGCUUUGGGACUUGGUUUCACAUGCUGCCAUGUGAGCCACAGCUGCCCUUAAGUAAAUGAUAUCACAGCAGUAAUACCCUUGGCACUCAUCCUAUGCCAGGCACUUUCCUAGUCACUGCACACACUUAAACGAUUCUCUCAAGUGGGUGCUGUAAUUAGUUCCAUGUUGCAGUUGCAUGGAACAUGUUCCAUGUUGCAUGAUUAGGCCACCCAAGGACACAGAGGUAGCAGAGUAGGGCUUCAGACACGGGCAGUCAGUCUGGUUUCAGAGUGCACCUGUGUCCUAGCCAUCCCAGUAUUCCCCUAUAGAGAUCCGAGUUAAGGUCAGUACCAGAAGAGGGGUUAUUUGAGGAGAGUGAUGGACUCCUUAGAGAUGGAACAGAGUAUCAGGAACAAGAUCAGGAGGCCUGUGCCUGACUUCACACACUGAGGGAAAGCAUAGAUUGAGCUAGAACAGUAAGACGUGUAGUACAGAUAGUCUCAAUAUGGCAUACCCAGGAGGCAGAGGACCUGGCUCUUAGGUCCCUCAACCCUCUGAAACGCCAUUGGAAAAUGGAUAUUUUCUGUCAUGUACCUGAAUCAGCUGGCUCCUCUGAGGUGUUUUCAGGUUUGAGAUGUGGUGAAAGCCUUAGUGAUUAGUCAUUUUCAUCUUUGUGUACUUAAUUAUCAAGUAGUUUGCAUUCAUGGUCCCUGACCCCAGUGCCGUUAUCAGAAAGCCUUCUCCAACUGAGUAACCGCCUUUGAAUUAGUUAUG